CAGUAUUACGCCUUACGCCUUCGAAGAGUGUCAGCACGCCCGCGAUGAGCGCUCAGGUUCGAGCAAUUGCGCACUGCGAGCCCCUGUAAGCCCGCGAUCCGAGAGCGUUCCCCAUAGAAAGAGCUCGAACCACCGCGGUCAUUCCACUGGGCCAAAGCCCUCGCGUGCGCCACUCACUGCACAUAUAGCCAUGCCUCCCGCUUGGCCCAGACGCCUUGCUUCCAAUUGACUGCUUUUGAGCCAUGAUGCUGACCAGCAGAGCGCGCAUCGCCGCACGCCGCAUACCCAGGCCACUCUCUCGAGCGCUGCCAGGCCGACCCGCGCCCUUCCACCGCUGCGCAUGCCCCUCGAGCCAGUCGAGUCACCUCAUACGCCCGAUUACUGCCGUCCGCGGCUACGCAAAUGGACGGCCGCAGCCACCGGGCGGGACCCAUCGCAUGAAUCUGGGCGGCGAGCCCGAGAAGCCUGCGCUCGAGCAGUACGGCGUCGAUCUGACUGCGCGCGCACGAGAUGGAAAACUUGACCCAGUAAUAGGGCGCGACGCGGAGAUACACAGAACGAUUCAGAUUCUAUCGAGACGGACGAAGAACAAUCCGGUGUUGAUCGGGGCUGCUGGAACGGGGAAGACAGCCAUCCUUGAAGGAUUGGCACAGCGCAUAGUCAAAGGAGACGUGCCAGAGUCGAUCAAGGAGAAGCGCGUCAUCUCGCUCGACCUCGGUCAGCUCAUCGCGGGCGCAAAAUUCAGGGGAGAUUUCGAAGAGCGCCUCAAGAAAGUCUUGAAGGAGGUUGAAGAGGCGAAGGGCGGUGUCAUCCUUUUCGUGGACGAAUUGCAUACGCUGCUUGGGCUCGGAAAGGCAGAAGGCAGCAUCGAUGCGAGCAACCUCCUCAAGCCGGCCCUGUCUCGCGGCGAACUCCAGUGCUGUGGCGCAACUACGCUAAACGAGUACCGGCAGAUCGAGAAAGACGUCGCUCUCGCGCGGAGAUUCCAACCCAUCAUCGUCGGCGAACCGAGUGUGCAGGAUACUAUAUCCAUCCUCCGUGGCAUUAAAGAGAGAUACGAGGUGCAUCACGGCGUCCGCAUCACUGACGGCGCGCUCGUUGCCGCCGCGGCGUACAGCAACCGAUACAUCACGGACCGCUAUUUGCCCGACAAAGCCAUCGACUUGGUCGACGAAGCUGCAAGCGCCUUGCGACUGCAGCAGGAGAGCAAACCUGACGCCAUCCAAGAGCUCGAUCGGCACAUCAUGACUAUCCAGAUCGAGCUUGAGUCUCUGCGGAAAGAGACAGACAUAGCAAGCAAGGAACGACGAGAGCGCCUAGAGGAGACACUCAAGAAGAAACAAGAUGAAGUCAAAGUCCUCAUGGACAAAUGGGAAAAGGAGCGUGAAGAGCUCCAGGGGCUCAAGAACGUCAAGGAGAACCUGGAGAAAGCGCGGCUCGAACUGGAACAAGCACAACGGGAGGGCAAUUUCGCCAAAGCUGGAGAGCUGCGCUACUCCACAAUACCGCAGCUAGAGCAAAAGCUGCCCGAAGACGGGGACGCCAUGGCUGGAAGGAGUCCGGACUCCCUGCUACACGACUCCGUCACCGCCGACGAUAUCGCCUCCGUGGUUUCAAGAACCACCGGCAUUCCUGUCUCGAAGCUCAUGCGCGGAGAAAGCGAGAAGCUGAUCCACAUGGAGGAUGCUUUGCGGGAACACGUUCGCGGACAAGACGAAGCUCUCACAGCUGUCGCCAACGCCAUCAGGAUGCAAAGAGCAGGCCUUUCUGGCGACGACCGUCCCAUCGCCUCGUUUAUGAUGCUCGGCCCCACUGGAGUGGGUAAGACCGAAGUCUGCAAAAGGCUGGCCGAGUUUUUGUUCUCGACCCAGCAGGCCGUCAUCCGUUUUGAUAUGAGCGAGUUCUCCGAGAAACACACUGUUUCGAGACUAAUAGGCUCACCGGCUGGAUACGUAGGAUACGAAGAUGCUGGACAGCUUACGGAAGCAGUACGGCGGAAACCGUAUGCCGUGCUGCUCUUGGAUGAAUGGGAGAAGGCCCACAAGGACAUUUCGUCUCUUCUGCUUCAAGUGCUUGAUGAAGGCUUCUUGACGGAUGCUCAAGGGCACAAGGUCGACUUCCGAAACACCAUUAUUGUCUUGACAUCAAACCUGGGGGCAGAUAUUAUCGUAGGAGACGACGUCCUGCACCAAGCCAACAGAGACACGAGCGAGAUAUCCCCGGCUGUCCGGAGUGCCGUCAUGGAUGUCGUCGAGGCCUCCUAUCCUCCUGAAUUCCUCAAUCGUAUCGACGAAUUCAUCAUCUUCCGGCGGCUUUCCCGCGAGGCACUGAGGGAUAUCGUGGACAUUAGGUUGAAAGAGCUGCAGGAGCGUCUGGAUGAUCGCCGGAUUACGCUGGAGGUUCCUGAUGAGGCCAAGCAAUGGCUGUGUGACCGCGGCUACGACCCUAAAUUCGGCGCUCGACCACUGAACCGGCUGAUUGCGAAGGAAAUCGGCAAUGGCCUCGCAGACAAGAUCAUCCGGGGGGAGAUCAAGACCGGCGACGUGGCUAGGGUCACCAUGAAGGAGGACAAGAACGGUCUCAACAUAUCUAGUGCAUAGUCGACCCAUCUUGACAGCAACAACACAUGCAGCGUAUCGCUUCGGUUGGGAUGUAAUGGUAGACGCUGAUCAAACCCCGAGAAUUCUCAUAGUAUGUGCUUCAUGGUUCUGACGACGAUACGAUUGUAUUAUAGGCCGAGUUUUCCUGUACAGUAGAUCACCUUCUUAGAUUUGUACAUAGGUCAGUGUCUUCUCCGCCUACUCUGUGUCGCUCCCGAUGUGUUUCUUUUCCGUCAUCAUCGUCUCUCAACCCUUUCGUCGCGGCAUCCCUGUAAUUCUAUCGCAAGUUCGGAUUGCUUUAGCAUUUGCACCUACUGAUUGCAGACAUGUCCGUAUAGGAGAGUGUCGGUGGGUCUUCAACCCAUCACUCUUACUGAUAACAAGCUGGAUUGAACUAG